AUGACCGACUUCGCUGACAAAAUGGAGCGGGAGGGUCACGCUCAACAAAUCGUUGACUCCAAGCCUUCACGGCAGGCAUCGACCUAUCUGGAACAAGUCACCUAUCAGAUGCGUCGCAAUCGGGGUCGUGAAUUACCAGGCCUUUUCAACCCUUCGAUAAUUGGGGAUCUCUUUUUCGAGCAGGCGAAGCCGUGGCUGCACAUUGUCAAUGAGGUAACCGCUAAGCUUAUCGAUGCUACUUGGGAGACUGUUGAGCUGGUGCUCGACAAAGCAGCUGAUUCGGUGACAAAAGAAGGUAUCAUGCGAUACGCGAUUCGCCCAAACAUGGAACCAAUUUGUGGAAAACUGCUUGUAAAAGCUGAGGAGGUCCUAUUGCCGCAUCGAAAGGGCCACCCCUUGACGUUCAAUCAUUAUUUUACCGAGAACCUCCAGCAGAAACGACAAGCAGAGCAUCGCAAGUUCGCAUACGAGAAAAUCCGUGCCUUUCUCAACGUUGAUCUAACAAGCGAGAAUACUUGGGUCUCCCACCACUCGUUCGAUGCAAAACGUCGCCAGACUGACCCGGAGGACAUGGACAGAUUUGCAGCAACGGAGGCGACCAAUGCCAUGGAAGCCUACUACAAGGUUGCCCUGAAGUCCGUCAUCGAUGCUUUUGGCAUGUAUGCUGUUGAGGGGUGUCUUCUUGCAGGAUUGCCAGAUAUCUUCAUGCCUGAGAUCGUCUACCAAUUGGAUGACGAGACAGUCACUAGAAUUGCGGGGGAAUCUACCGACACGGUGGUCGAACGAGAAGACCUUCAAAAGAAGUUCAAAGUCCUGGACGAGACGAUGGUUACACUUCGUCGACUCAAGACAUUUAUGAGUUCGGGUACGAGACUUAAAAAUUUUCCCCUUGUGAAUGUUGCCCGAACUGACUGUUGA